AUGCAGGAGCACCUGGCCUCCCUUGCUGCACAAGGAGACGCUGCAGACACACUUAUAAUCUUGGAGCAUCCAUCAACGUAUACAGUGGGCAAGCGGGGCACUUUUGCUGACUUCAAAAAGAGCGAGGAGGAGCUUUCAAGGCUUGGUGCAGGAAUAGAGCACAUCAAUCGAGGAGGAGAAACCACUUUUCAUGGACCAGGCCAGGUAGUCUUGUAUCCCAUCAUCAAUCUACGUAGACUAAAAUGUGGAGCAAGGGCUUAUGUGGAGGGAUUAGAAGACUCCCUGAUCGCCACCCUCUCUACUUACGGUGUGCAAGCAAGGGGGAGAGUCCGAUGUAGGACUGGUGUGUGGGUGGAGGACCGCAAAAUAGCUGCCAUUGGAGUGCAGAUAUCACAUGGUGUCACGCGGCAUGGCGCUGCCCUGAAUGUGACAACGGAUCUGUCCUAUUUCUCGCACAUUGUGCCCUGCGGCAUUGCCGACAAGGAGAUGACCACCCUCCAGAAGGAAUUGGGAGUGCCACAUGUCAGCACUGCUGAAGUGGCCUCCAGAUUCACCACAGCAUUUGCUGAGCAAUUUGGAUACCAUGAUUCUGUAGAGAUCAGCAGGGAGAAGCUUGAAGAACAAGCAAUGUGA